AUGUUGGCCGCCGUGAACGGUGCCAUCAACAUCGUCUGGGACAGCGGGCUCGACUGGUUCUGGGUGUCUCUGUUGCUCUUCUUCGUCUCGCCCGCGCUGUUCGGGAGCUACAUCUGCCGCGCGCUUCGCCUGGCCGUGGUUUUCCACCCGAAGGCGAAGCGUGCCCUGCCGUGGCUCAUCCCGGAACGCAAUUACGUGGCGGUGCUGAUGGUCGCAAGCUGUGGAAUGCUGGCAAUCCCCCUCUACCACGAGUACACCUUGGAGGUUUGGGAGAUAAUUCCGAAGCAGACGGAUAUCCUGAUAUGGGUGUCGAUCGCGUUCGCGGUCGUUCAAGCAUGCAUUUACCCGUUCAUCAGGAACGUUGACGAUCUCUUCAGCAUCAGCAAGGAGCUCGCCAUCGUCACCGCUGCCGUCAUUCUGCUCGCAGUCGGGCAGAAGCUCGAGGGAGACUACGGAGGGGUCUACGAGAGAAGGUGGCUCGGAAACAACCUCUUCCUCUUGUUCGCAGCCGUCGUCUUCAGCGUCAGUGUUGUGGAUCCGCUUCGCCGCCUAGCGUUCGACCCUUUGGCGGCAACCAAGCGCAACUACGCCGAUCGGGUGCUACUCAGCCGCGGGCCCUGCAGAGCUGUAGGUCUGAGCAACCCGUAG